AUGAAUGAGCAGAAGACGGCUAGGGAAAAGAAGAACAAAGCUCGACAGGCUCGGCGCAACUGUGCCCAACACCGCAAGGAAGAGUGGCAGCAAUAUCAGUCGGCUUGCCGAGACGUUGAACAACGGUGCUUGGCUACAGAGGCAGCAUAUGAACAAUGUCUACAGGAUGAAGAAGCAGAACGACAGCGCCAAGACCGUGAUGCCGUCAGAGCCCCUGCAUCACGCAACCUUGAGCCUGAGUUCAUGGAAGUAGCUGGCCUUAGGGUCUUCACUAUGCCCUACGCCAACGUUUAUGCCCUGGUAGAAGAGAUGGCAGCCAUAGAAAACCCUACUCGAGAUCAGCAAUGA